AUGGAUCCUGCCUCGCUGCUUCCGCUAGUCCUGACUCCUGACCCCCGAGGUUUUAACCAGGGGGCAGCAGAGCCCAGCGAACCUGCCCCGGAUCCCUGCAGCCUCCUGUCUGAAAGGCACUACGAGGUGGUUCCCUGCGUGAUCUGUACCCUCUGCUGCGUUUUUGGAGUCGUCUAUUGCUGCUUUGGUUACCGCUGUUUCAAAGCCAUCAUGUUUCUCUCAGGCCUGCUCUUCGGCUCAGCUGUAAUCUUCCUUCUUUGCUACAAGGAGCGCAUCUUGGACACACAGUUGAGCCUGGAGGUCAGCGCGGGCAUUGCCCUGGGCAUUGGAGUCCUGUGUGGCUUAGUUACCAUGUUGGUGCACUCGGUUGGGUUGUUCCUGACUGGGCUAAACCUUGGUCUGCUGUUAGCCACUGCUGGGCUGGUGGCCACAGAGCCUUUGUAUGAGCUGCCCAACGCAUGGGUCCCUGCUGGAUCUCUUCUGGGCUCUGCCCUCUUGGGUGCUGUUUUGGCCUUGCGCUGGCAGAAAGCCUUUACAGUGCUUUCCACAGCAGUGUUUGGGGGUGCCGUGCUCACUCUUUGCUUGGACUAUGCCGUGGAGAACCUGGCUUUGGGCCGCCACGUAUAUGACCGCCUCCGUCUGGCACCUUCCUCUCCGCUCUGCUGGUGCGGCUGGGCCGUGCUGGCUACCUGGCCUGUCCUUGCUUCGAUGGGAAUGCUGCUGCAGUGGAAAGUGACAGCAGAAGGUUUCUCCCACACAGAUGUGGUCCUUAGUCGGCGACAGAAGCAAUUACAGCUGUUGCGGAUUCGGCAGCGCGAAGCCAAGAAGAGGCAAAGCCAAACUCCACAAGAGGGCUCAUACCGACAUAAACCCAAUGCUGUCAAGCGCUGUGCGGGAGAUGUCCUUGCACCAAGUUAUAUCCAGAGCCUGCGUGACCGCCAGCAGCUGGGAACUGGUACAUCACUGAGUAGCCUGAGCACCAAUGCGCACACCGCUGUGGAUCUGGAUUAUGACUGUGGCUCUACUGUGCCCCUCACCACUCCCCGGGGCUGCCUCUGAAAGGGAUGAUUUCUACUUCCGCUUGUGCCUUAACCAGGAAUGCGCAAUUCGUCCCUGGGCU